AUCUUUUCCCUCGCUGUAAUCCAAAACUAAACAUGCAAUUGUGUAAAUUAAAACGGUCAGAGCGUGUGCACGGUUUUAUUGUAUGUCAAACAUGGCCGUGUCGGGUCCCAAAAAAAAAAGAAAAAAGAAUUAGACUUUGUCAUCCCCCGGACGAUGCAGGUAGUAGCACCAUCUCAAUAUCCUAAGCUAGCUAGGAAUGCUAGCUGCCCACUGUGAUUAAUCUAGCUAACGUGGCUAGCGUCAGCAGCUAGCGUUGAAUAAACGCGUUCGCCUCAUCGCUGUCGCCUCUGUCGUUGUCGUGCUCGGGUCGUGUCGCCAUCUCACCAAAAAAAAAAAACGUGAAGUGCUGAAGAAGCUGAAAGCGGGCGGGUAAAAAAAAAAACACCAAAAAAACAAAAGCGUUAGCGGUAGCUGCGCCCGCUGCGGAUGUAAUGUGAAGUCGUGACUGUCCGUGCCGGGCUGGAUGUUAGUGUCAGUCCGCCGGCCUCCACUGACGUUAUCGAUCACACUGUGCUCCUGCGAGCAGGUUUUGUUUUUUUUAAAAAUACCAUUGAUUUGUUGUAUGUGUGUGCGCGACUUCCGUUAUCGGGAGUGUGUUGACAUUUUGAUUUCGCAAUUAUAGUUUUUUUUUCUUCUCGUCAGCGUAUUGGCCAAUCACAUGACAGCUCUCAUUAACAGGUCAUAACGUAGGUUUCUUAUCCCCAUCUCGAGUCAACAAUGGCCUUCAGCAAGGGAUAUCGCAUUUACCACAAGCUGGACCCACCCCCCUACAGUGUCAUAGUGGAGACGAGGACCAGGGAAGAAUGCCUCAUGUUUGAAUCGGGCGCUGUCGCCGUCCUGUCGGCAGCAGAGAAGGAGGCCAUUAAAAACACAUACACCAAGAUUGUCGAUGCCUAUGGAAUCCUGGGUGUCCUCCGCCUGAAUCUAGGUGACUCUAUGCUCCACAGCCUGGUGGUUGUGACGGGAUGUAGCUCGGUGGGAAAGGUGCAGGACUCCGAGGUUUUCAGGGUGACACAGACAGACUUCAUAUCGCUGAAGAACGACCCAGGAGAUGAGGACCGGAUCGCCGAGGUGCGAAAGGUCCUGAGCUCAGGACACUUCUACUUUGCCUGGUCUUCCUCCGGAAUCAGCAUGGACCUGAGUCUCAAUGCGCAUCGCAGGAUCCUGGAAGAUACCACGGAUAACCGCUUCUUUUGGAACCAGUCUCUCCACCUGCACCUGAAACAUUACGGCGUAAACUGCGACGACUGGCUGUUGAGGCUGAUGUGCGGCGGCGUGGAGAUCAGGACCAUCUACGCCGGUCACAAACAGGCCAAGGCUUGUAUUUUCUCCCGCCUCAGCUCAGAGCGAGCCGGCACACGGUUCAACGUCCGAGGAACAAACGACGACGGACAGGUGGCCAACUUUGUUGAGACCGAACAGGUCAUUUUCCUGGAUGACAAAGUUUCAUCCUUCAUACAGAUCCGUGGGUCCAUUCCUCUUUUCUGGGAACAGCCAGGAAUCCAGAAAAAGUCCAUUAAGGGUGUUUUGUUGCACCUGAAUGACAAUCGGAAACUUAAUGGACCGGAUGAAAACCCCCACCUGGUCGGCUCUCAUCGGGUCAAACUCUCAAGGGGAUUUGAGGCAAACGCGCCAGCAUUUGAAAGACACUUCGCUGCACUGCGGAAGUUGUACGGCAAACAGGUGAUCAUCAACCUGCUCGGCAGCAAGGAAGGGGAACACAUGCUCAGUAAAGCCUUUCAGAGUCAUCUAAAGGCAUCGGAGCAUGUGGCGGCGGUGAAAAUGGUGAACUUCGACUACCACCAAAAUGUGAAGGGAGGCAAAGCAGACAAGCUGCACAGUGUCCUGAAACCCCAGCUCGGCAAAUUCAUGGACGAGUGUGGGUUCUUCUACUACUCUGGAGAGACGGGUAUCACAAGGACUCAGGGUGGGACCAUCAGGACCAACUGCCUGGACUGUCUGGAUCGAACCAACAGCGUACAAGCCUAUUUUGCCCUCGAGAUGUUGCCGAAGCAGCUGGAGGAAAUGAGUCUGACAGAGAAACCCCAGCUGGUGGCCAGGUUCCAGGAGGUUUUCAGGACCAUGUGGUCCGUCAAUGGAGACUCCGUCAGUAAGAUCUACGCAGGCACUGGUGCCCUGGACGGCAAGGCCAAGGUGGGGAAGCUAAAAGACGGAGCCCGUUCUGUGACGAGGACCAUCCAGAACAACUUCUUUGACAGUUCGAAGCAAGAGGCGAUAGACAUCCUGAGGCUGGGCUCCACGCUCAACAGCGAUUUGGCGGACAAGGCUCGGGCCUUGCUCACCACCUCCAGUCUUUACGUCACUGAGCCCGUCUUACAAUCAGCCUCCCCACGAGUGUUGCUGGGAAUGUGUCAGAACUACCAUAAAUACACGAGGCCCAGGCAGAUCCGGGUGGGCGUCGGCACCUGGAACGUCAACGGGGGUAAACAGUUUCGCAGCAUUGCUUUCCGCAACCAGACACUCAACGACUGGCUGCUGGAUGCUCCAAAGAAGGCAGGGCAUCCUGAGUUCCAGGACAGCAAAGCCAACCCCAUAGACAUCUUUGCUGUCGGUUUUGAGGAAAUGGUUGAACUGAAUGCCGGCAACAUUGUCAGUGCCAGCACCACUAACCAGAAACUGUGGGCAGCCGAGCUCCAGAAAAACCUCUCACGGGACCACAAGUAUGUGCUGCUUGCUUCGGAGCAGCUGGUGGGAGUGUGUUUGUUUGUGUUCAUCCGCCCGCAGCAUGCACCCUUCAUCAGGGAUGUGGCUGUAGACACUGUAAAAACUGGAAUGGGUGGAGCCACGGGCAACAAAGGUGGCGUUGCCAUCCGCCUCCUAUUCCACACCACCAGCAUCUGCUUCGUCUGCUCCCACUUUGCUGCUGGCCAAUCGCAGGUCAAGGAGAGGAACGACGACUACAGUGAGAUCACGCGCAGACUCAGCUUCCCCAUGGGUCGUCUGCUGUACUCGCACGAUUACGUGUUCUGGUGUGGAGACUUUAACUAUCGUAUCAACCUGCCCAACGAGGAAGUGAAAGAACUCAUCAAACAGCAGAGCUGGGACGCUUUGACGGCCGGUGACCAGCUGUUGGAUCAGAAGAACGCCGGUUUGGUCUUCCGUGGUUUUAUCGAGGGGAAGUUGGAUUUUGCUCCCACCUACAAGUAUGACCUCUUCUCAGAGGAUUAUGACACCAGCGAGAAGUGCCGCACGCCGGCCUGGACUGACCGCAUACUCUGGAAGAGGAGAAAGUGGAACUUCGAUAAAACGGCUGAGGAGAUGAAUGUAGUAGUUGCAGGCUCUACAUCUGGGGAGAGUGAGGAUGACCCAGACAACCCCUGGAGCCCCGGUGCCUUGAAGUACUAUGGCAGAGCGGAGCUGAAGACCUCAGACCACAGGCCUGUGGUGGCAAUAAUGGACGUGGACAUCCUGGAGGUUGACCCGGAGGCUCGACACCAGGUCUACAAAGACGUCAUCGCCCUGCAGGGGCCUCCGGACGGAACCAUCCUGGUGUCGCUCUGCACCUCCGGCCCGGAGGACUACUUUGGCGACGCACUCAUUGAUGAACUUCUGGACAAAUUCACCAAUUUUGGAGAGGUCAUCCUCAUCAGGUUUGUUGAGGAGAAAAUGUGGGUGACCUUCCUGGAAGGUUACUCUGCUCUCGCUGCUCUGUCGCUCAGUGCUUCCACUGUCCUUGGCAAGGUGAUCGAUGUCCGUCUAAAGAGUCCAGGCUGGAUCAAGAGUCUGGAGGAGGAGAUGAGCGUAGACAGGAUCUGUGGAACCAUCCCCAUGUCAGCCAGCUCCACUCUGCUCGCCGAGGACACGGACAUGGGCGACGACGAUUAUGAUAUGGAAGGCGAUGUGGACGACGAGGUGGAGGAGAUCCUUCCCCAGCACCUACAGCCGGGAGCAGGCGCCGGCCCUGGGUCCUCUCCUCUCCCUUCCCCCCGCGGCAGCCCCUGCCCCUCCCCGACCCACGGAGAACCGUCAGCCCCCAGCAGACCCAGCCGUGGGCUGCAACCCUCCCGCCCAUCACAAGGGCCUCCGGUUGACUUCCAGCCUGGUGCCCCCACAUCUCAAGGCUUUGAGCCCAAACGCCCCCCUCCCCCUCGUCCAAACGCCCCCCCGGCCAGACCCGCACCCCCCCAGCGCCCACCACCACCAUCAGGAGGCACGAGCCCUCUUCCGGUUAGGAAGGGCUCUGGAGGACCAAAAAGCCCGGCUCUGCCUCGGCCGGACGCUGCUGCAGGUCGGGGCCCGGCAGCAGUGGGAGCUCCAGGACCCGGAGGUGCCCCCAGACCAAAUAUCCCUCCUCGAGCCGGCGUGAUCAGUAUUCCCCCGCAGUCUCGCCCGUCGCCCCCCGCUCACCCUGGAGCACCCAGACCUAUCCAAGAAAUGCAUCCAGGGGCCCCUCGGCCCAUCCCAGACACCCAUCCCGGAGCCCCGCGACCCGAAAAACCGACUGACCUGCCUUUGGGUCCUCCGCCCUUGGGGCCACCCCCUGCAGUGAGACCCCAGGUUCAAAUGCAGGCGCCCAUGCAGCCGCAAACUACUGCCCCUUCAUAUCAGUCCCAGCUCCCACCACCGAUGCAGCCGACACUUCAAGCUCCUCUCCAGCCGCAGCAAGCAGGGCCUCAUCCCCCUGCUGCUGCUGCUGCCGCCGCCGCCGCCCCUGCUGGGCCUCCGCAGGGUCUAGCCUCUCCCAAACCCCCACCCCGCUCCCGCUCCUCUCACGCUCUUCCGCCCGAUGCCGCCAAGUCUGAGACGGCCCCAGCUGCACAGACGAAUGGACUGAACGGAAUCCCAAAUGAAGCACAAUGGAAGCCCGACCCCUUCGACACGCUCUCGUCCGAUUUCCUCUCCUCCUCCUCCUCCAGGCGCGCCACCCAGUCCCUGAGCAGAGGCUCCUCUCUGCGCGCUCCCCCCUCCGCUCCUACUUUGUCCAUGUUCAACUCCAGCACUCUCCCGUCGUCCUUCUCCCUCCAGUCCUCCGCACUGUCGGACCUGCGGCCGCUCGGUUCGUCGUCCUCCUCCUCCUCCUCGCUCUCCACCCCGUCACCGUUUGCCUCCUCCCUGCUCCCGCCCCCUCCGGUCCCGUCUCGCAGUCGCUCGCAGGAGGCGCUGCGGGCCUCCCCCUGCCCCUUUCCAGCCGAACCGCUUCCUGUCCGACCCAGCAGCACCAAUCCCUUCACAGGUCCGCUCGCACAGCAGCAGCACGCUCGCUCGCUCACCCCCGACUUCAGCGUCCAGUGUCCCAGCAUGGCGCCGAACCCUCAGAGGCCCAUGCCCGCUCUUACUCAGCCGCUCAUCCCCACCCCUGCAGCUGCGCCCACCUCCCAGCUCCAAAGGACCAUGUCCCUUUUUGGACCAUCAUCCACUCUCAAUCCUACCACACCUGCUCCUCUGUUCCCCUUCGCCCCAGCUCCUGUCCCUGCCUUGCCUCUGGCACCGCCCUCCUCCGUUCCACCGGAGGGCAAACCCACCAAGCAGUGGGUCACUUUUGAUGACGAUUUGGAUUUUCCGCCUACGACCAAAACGCCACAGAACUUCCCCCCCAAUUCCCUGGUGCCCCGAACUCGGACUCAGCCCUCUCGCUCUGUGUUCGACUCCGAGCCCGACUGGUUGUCCGCCGCCCCUUCAGCAUUCCCGACCUUCCCUCUUCCUGUCCCGACUAGAACUGCGACUGCGAACCCGAAACUCCCAGAGGGAUCCGGCGACGGCUGCUUCUUCCCCAGGGAGUCGACGGAAAGAUAGGAAUCGACCCUUGAUAAUGUAAAGGGCACGUCCAGAUAUGUAUAGAUCUAUGAAAACAUGUGUAUAUGUUUGUGUUUAUGUACAAAAGAGACAGUAUUUAAGAAGAACAGACCGAUCCCCCUUCUUUUAUCACAGGAAAGGAAAGCGUGUGUGUUCUGACCACAGAGAUGUUUGCUUACUUGGUGAAAUUACCGUUUUAUUUUAAAUAUUAAUUGUCCUUUUUUUUAAUUUAUGCCAGCAGACGUGCCUGUGUCUCUACAGUGCACAGUUAUACAAAGUAUAUCUAUAUGCGCAAAUCCUUUGUGUAAGCACCCGUGCAAUAUCUAGACGUGUCUCUGUGGCCGCGCGGUGUUGGCCCGCGAGGGGUUUCACCCAAAUCGAUGUCUGCCACCAAACACGCUGCAGUUUAUAUCUGUCCAUCGCGCAGGAUUCUCAAAGAGUAGAGGAGAAUCUUACUUUCUCGGUUUUGUCAUGUGGUAGGAGGCUAAUGCACUGCAGGUUCUACAUACGAUUCCAGAUUUGCUGCUGUAUACAGCAGUUGCAUUGCUUUCAUUUGCAAAGAGUACAAUUGUAAAGUUUGUUUGAGGAGUGCAGAGUUCAAAAGUCAUAAUCGUGCGCUCGCUUUUUAUCAUGAAUGUACUUUAUGUUGCACUGGGUCAUGUCAUCGCCUCCUCUCCGACGCCACAGCGCGAACCACAGCGGCGGCGCGAGUCGGCGUCACAGUCGGUCAAACUGCUUUGCUGGCACACGACUGAUGCUCUGGAAUAUCUCAGUUUCCACUCGAUAGCAAUUUUUUUUUUUAUCAGUCGUCAUUCUCUCGUCUAUACGCUUAGCUAAACAUAUUUUGUAGCUUCUAUAUCAAAAAAACGUAUACAUAGUGGUUUAUGUAUGAAUUUUACGUUUUCAAAUAUGGAAACUGAAACUCGCUAAAUGUAAGUACGCGCGCGCGUGUUUGUGAUGACCGUAUCAGUGGUUUGCACAAUGUAACUGAUAUGCACUGAAAGGCUGCACGUGCUCUCUUGUCGACGGCAGAGAGACAAAAAUAAGAGAGCCCGCAGAUCGAAGAGAUGAGGGCUUUAUUUUAUUAUUUUCCCACCUUUCCACCUCCUUGAUUUAUCCAAAGCAUCAAACCGUACUACUGUAGAUCCAGAGAAUGUGGCACCUUCGUGUGUGUGUGUGUGUGUGUGUGUGUGUGUGUGUGUGUGUGUGUGUGUGUGUGUGUGUGUGUGUGUGUGUGUGUGUGUGUGUGUGUGUGUGUGUGUGUGUGUGUGUGUGUGUGUGUGUGUGUGUGUGUGUGUGUGUGUGUGUGUGAGAGAGAGAGAGAGUCCGAGGGCAUCAAACAAGGGCCAUUCUUAAUCAUGCUUUUAAUUUCCGAGAACAUUUACUCUAGAUGAUAUAGCGUUGAUACUGUGGUGAGAAGUAACGUGUCGUGUUUGAGCUGCAUAUCGUCCGUUUAUGUGUUUGUAUGUAAGUGUGUGUGUGUGUGUGUUUGUGUACAGUGAAAUACCAGAGCUUUUCCCCCUAAGAAGUCUCGUCUCUUCUCUCUCUCUCUCUCUCGAACACACUGUAUUUGCCUACAGGCUCUCUGAACUAACAGCCACUGUAUUAUCUCACUCGCGGCUGCAACUGUAUUUAAUGUCCUGAGGGCUGACGACAGGCAUCACUCAAAGCAACCACAAAGUGAGAAUUAUUCACCACUGCAAACACAGACUCAUCGACACUGAAAGCUCGGACCCCGAACGCAUCACCAGAGAACAUUUCCCAGUUGGCUGUUGGCUGCGUUUCCUCCCGGGCGCCAAAUACAUUCCAGUAGGGAGCGCGUGAAAUUCCUCUCGGCCUUUUUCGCGGCGCCACCUGUGACAUCGCCCGUUGUUUCCUCCAGUUGAGAACUUCACUGAUUCCUUAACCAUUCUUAAGGUGUGUGUGUGUGUGUGUGUGAGUGUGGUGUUGUUGUCAAGAGGUGAUGUCAGUAUUUCUUUGUUCCUGUACUACCUACCCUCACUCUUUGACCGCUGUCGAGUUUCGUAGCUCGACAUCAGUGAUGACAAGCAAUAGUUUAGCAAAAAUGGGAUCAGUGAGAGCAAAAUCCUCCCUAACGCGACACACACGCCUGCUGUUGUAGACGAAUCAAUUGUCGCCCCCCCCUCCCAAAAAAAAUCUUCAGAAAUAAUAAAUAAAAGGCUAAAAUGUCUUGAAAAGCAUUUUAAUGGUUCGUGGUGGAUAAAUCAUGUGAACCAAGAAAGAACCAGCUGCUCCGUUUUAAACAUGUGAUUAUGAGUAGAAACUAUAUCUGCAUUAAUUAACAGUAGGUGACUUAGCCAGCGCUUUGUGUCAUGUCAUGUUCCAGGAUGAAAAAUUUUAUAGGAAAACAAAUUGCUCCUUUUGUGAGGUCAGUGUCCCCUUUUUAUGGCUAUAUUAAUAAUAACCCAUAGUGAAUAAGAGUCUGUGUCGUUGAACAUAUUCUGUGCGUAUUAACGAUAAAAUCAUGAAGCUGCGAGAUUCAUGUCAAUACCAGACGUUCCAUAUUUUAAGUGCACAGCCGCUUGCACCUUUAUGUAUGAAGCAGUUUAUGUUGUAUGUAUGCAAAAAUAAAUGUACGUUGGCCUGAG